GGGUUCUUUCUUUCCUCGAAGUAUACCAGAGCUGUUUUCUAAGAAGUCUACUAUCUUUGUCGUCGUCGAUAACUGAAUCAUUUGUUGCUGUUGUACCUGCCUGAUUUGGAAACGCAAUCAUGUCACGCUUCGAUCCUCCGGUCUUGGAGAACCAUCUGCAGGGCAAAGUGGUCGUGUUGACGGGAGGAGCUCUAGGCAUCGGCUCUGAACUAGUCCGCCUCCUCCACUCCUCUGGUGCUUCCAUCUUCUUCGGCGAUGUCCUUAUAACACAAGGAGAAGCUCUGGCGAAAGAGCUGUCAGCUACGUCGAAAACAGGCCAACAUGUUAGAUUUCUGUAUUGCAAUGUGCAAUCCCAUCUUGCCAAUUUGGGAUUGUUCGAUCUGGCGAUGAAGACUUGUGGCAGAGUUGACCAUGCUGCUUCUGUAGCUGGCAUCAACAGGGAAGAAGAUAUCGCGAGUAAAGAGUUGGAUAUGGAGAGUGUGAGGAAGGAACCGGAUAUUGAUGACUCAAUCGACGUCAAUCUACGAGGACCUAUCCUGUUCUCGAGAAUCGCUGGUGUCUACCUUCGCCAACCGCCACUCAAUGACAAGUCGUCCACAGCGGCUGCGGAUAAGUCGUUGACAUUGGUGUCUUCCGUCGCUGGCUUCACCGAAGCACCAGGCCUGGCUAUCUACUCCUCUGCCAAACAUGGUGUAUAUGGCUUGAUGAGAGCUUUGAGGAAAGUGUUGAUCAAAUCUUCUCCUUAUGCCAUCAGGACGAAUGCGGUAUGUCCUUGGAUGACAGAGACCCGAAUGGUCAAAGGCAUCGACGCAGACUGGCGCGAAGCUGGAUUGCCACGGAAUAAAGCGAUAGACGUUGCUAGAGUUAUUGCUGGGGUCAUGGUUGCAAACUCACUUAACGGAGAAGCUCUCUAUGUCGAAGGUGGUCGAGCAUGGGGUAUUGAAGAAGGCAUAGACCGAACACAACCGCAAUGGAUGGGAGAAAAGCAAAGCCGUGAUUUCCUGAAAGGACAAGAGGUGUUAGGAACAGGGGAGAGUUGGUGACAUGUUUGACAAAAUCUUCUACAUGUACAUAGUCAAGCA